AUGCAGCACCUGAACGCAGUCAUGGCAGACUCUCCAGGUCUCAUCACCAUCUUCCUUUUGGGAUAUCUACUCAGUACCGAAUGUGCAGUUUUCCUUGAUCGUGAAAAUGCCACCAAAAUUCUUACCCGUCCAAAGAGAUAUAAUUCAGGGAAACUGGAAGAGUUUGUUCGAGGAAACCUUGAGAGGGAGUGUAUAGAAGAGAGAUGUAGUUUUGAAGAAGCACGAGAAGUCUUUGAAAACACUGAAAAAACUACUGAAUUUUGGAAGCAGUAUGUUGAUGGAGAUCAGUGUGAAUCAAAUCCUUGUUUAAAUGGUGGAAUAUGCAAGGAUGAUAUUAAUUCCUAUGAAUGUUGGUGCCAAGUUGGAUUUGAAGGAAGGAAUUGUGAAUUAGAUGCAACGUGUAACAUUAAAAAUGGCAGGUGCAAGCAGUUUUGUAAAAACAGUCCUGAUAACAAGGUAAUUUGUUCCUGCACUGAGGGAUACCAACUUGCAGAAGACCAGAAGUCCUGUGAACCAGCAGUUCCAUUUCCAUGUGGAAGAGUUUCUGUUUCAUACAGUUCUAAAAAGAUCACCCGUGCUGAAACUGUUUUCUCUAAUGCGGACUAUGGAAAUUCUACUGAAGCUGAAUUCUUUCUGGAUAACGUCACUGAGGGUGCCAUUCUUGAUAAUGUCACUGAAAGUAGUGAAUCACUUAAUGACUUCACUCGAGUUGUUGGUGGAGAAAACGCGAAACCAGGUCAAAUCCCUUGGCAGGUCAUUUUAAAUGGUGAAAUUGAGGCAUUCUGUGGAGGUGCCAUCAUUAAUGAAAAAUGGAUUGUAACUGCUGCCCACUGCCUUAAACCUGGUGAUAAAAUUGAGGUUGUUGCUGGUGAAUAUAACAUUGAUAAGAAGGAAGACACAGAACAAAGGCGAAAUGUGAUUCGAACUAUCCCUCAUCACCAGUACAAUGCAACUAUUAAUAAGUAUAGUCAUGACAUUGCCUUGCUGGAACUGGAUAAACCUUUAAUUCUAAACAGCUAUGUGACACCUAUCUGUGUUGCCAAUAGGGAAUAUACAAAUAUCUUCCUCAAGUUUGGUUCUGGCUAUGUGAGUGGCUGGGGGAAAGUCUUCAACAAAGGGAGACAGGCUUCCAUUCUUCAGUAUCUUAGAGUUCCACUGGUUGACCGAGCCACAUGCCUUAGGUCCACAACAUUCACCAUCUAUAACAACAUGUUCUGUGCAGGUUACCGUGAAGGAGGCAAGGAUUCAUGUGAAGGAGAUAGUGGGGGACCCCAUGUUACCGAAGUAGAAGGAACAAGUUUCUUAACUGGCAUUAUUAGCUGGGGUGAAGAAUGUGCAAUGAAAGGCAAAUAUGGAAUAUAUACUAAGGUUUCUCGGUACGUCAACUGGAUUAAGGAAAAAACAAAGCUAACUUAA